GAGUGAGCAAUAGAAUUACAAACGUGAGAGCACAAAGGCACAAACAGAAUAAGGAAAACAGAGGUGGGGGCUGUGUUCUUGGCGAGCUCAGGAGGAGACCAAAGUGCCCCACUUCAGGUCCCUCUGCCAUUCUUUCUUUCUUUGUGGGAGGAGAAUUUAAUCACAGCUCCCCACAUCCGCCUCUCUUCUUCUGUUGCUGAUUCUCUCUCUCUCUCUCCUCUUCCCCGCCGCCCCCCCCCCCAAGAUCCAGGUAACUUCGGAUGAAGUGAAGAUAUUUGAAGAUAUGAGUUACCUCUUAUGGUUUCGUGAGGUUGAUCUGAUGAAUACUUGUCUAGGCACAUGGUAUUACUUUUCCACAUGGCUACCAUUUUCAAAAUCCACCAACUAGCAUAAGAAGCUUCUGAGUCUUGUGACCUGGACUACGGUUUUGUAUGUGUAUAUAUUUGAGCAGAAUCAAAUAUUUUGACUUGAAUAUAUGCAUAGCCUCUUGUGGUAAAGAGAUUUUCUACUAAUUAGGUUGUGACCGGAGGUUGCGGAACCAUAAAUCUGAGUUCUUGAUAGGUGUUUCUGUAUUGCUUGGGGGGCUGAAGCUUCGUAUGGCUGUUGCUAAGAGCGGCAGCUAUACUGGAUUUUCAUUUCCUUCUUGCAGUUGUUAUGGAGACCCCAGCUUGAGAGAAAGUAUUUUAGGUGCUAAUGAGACAGGGAAUCUGACUGACAAAUAUGUUCUUGGAGAACAGUUGGGCUGGGGACAAUUUGGCAUUAUAAGGGAAUGCAUUGAUAAGUUCAGUGGUGAAGUUCUAGCUUGCAAAUCUAUUGCUAAAGAUAGGUUAGUCACUCGGGAAGAUGUCCGCGGCAUCAAGCUUGAGAUUGAAAUUAUGACUCGGCUGUCGGGGCACCCUAACGUGGUAGAUCUCAAAGCUGUUUAUGAAGAGGAAACUUACGUACAUCUAGUGAUGGAGCUUUGUGCAGGGGGGGAGCUUUUCCACAAGUUGGAAAAGCAUGGAAGGUUCUCUGAGCCUGAGGCCCGGGUUCUUUUCAGACACCUGAUGCAAGUGGUGAUGUAUUGCCACGACAAGGGUGUUGUUCAUAGAGAUUUGAAGCCUGAAAACAUACUCUUGUCCACAAAGUCCUCUUCGUCCCCAAUAAAAUUGGCUGAUUUCGGUCUCGCAACCUACAUCAGGCCUGGACAGAGUUUGCAUGGCACAGUUGGCAGUCCAUUCUAUAUAGCUCCUGAGGUUCUGGCAGGAGGCUAUGAUCAGGCUGCCGAUGUGUGGAGUGCUGGUGUGAUUCUUUACAUUCUUCUGAGUGGGAUACCACCAUUCUGGGGGAAAACAAAGUCACGGAUAUUUGAUGCUGUUAGGGCUGCAGACUUACGGUUUCCAUCUAAUCCCUGGGAUUUUAUAUCAGAUUCAGCAAAGGGAUUGAUAAAAGGAAUGCUUUGUACAGACACUUCCAAAAGGCUUACAGCUCAGCAGGUUCUAGAUCACUCCUGGGUGAGUGACAUGCUGCCACUUUCCAGUGAUCCACGUAUACCUGGUGACCAAAGUUCUGGAUUGGAUUUGGGGCAAGCUUGUUUAUCCCCCUCUCUAAUGGCCAGGAGUCAGGAUAUUAGCUUUGGAACAGGAUCACCCAUAAGGAGUGAGGUUCAAUCAUCACUAUUAACUUGCAAAUCAUCAUUUUCUGCUUUCCUGGCGGAUCCAUCGACACCCUUGUUGGAAGCUGGUGGGUUUUCUUUUCAUAGUAGUGCUGGAUCAACUACCCUGGAAUUUUCCACUCCCGUCCUCGCACUACCAAGUUUUGCAUUCUUCAGCUCGGUCUGUGGGGUUGAACCAGAAAAUGCUCUGCAUCCCCCGACGAUUUCAUCUAGAAUAGACUUAGUUCCUAGAGCAGGUGACGUAGUUGAGGAUAGAAAGGGUGGAUCUGGUGAUGCUAGAUUGUCAGGCAUCCACGGUAAGAGGAACCACACCAUCGGCCUUGGUGAAUUCGAGCACCUUGAUCUUGUUGUGACAGAAUCAGUGAUUCGAUGGGCAUCGUGCACUCAUCUUCCAACAGCUACCUCAUUUAGGUCUUCGCUCGUCUGCUAAAAAACAGAAGCAACUAAUCUUUGUAUCUGCUUUAACCUCGUGAUGGGGUUAGAUUCGCUCCCCUUUCAUCUUGGUGUUCAUGAACUAAUGUAGAGCACAAAGUUUCAAGGAGCUUGCAUGCAGAAACAUUCUUAGUCAGGUAUGGUUAAGUCUAGAAGCAAGAAGACAUCCCCUUCUCCCCUUUUGUGUCUACGUCUUUUCAUUGUCAAGAAAAGACGCUCGUCAACAGCCUUUCCACUUGUACAGAAUGUGGUCCAUCUAGAGUACUUUUCUCCCCCGUGUUAGGUGUCUAAAUUCUUACUUGUUCUCAUCCCUCGUAAUGUGAAACGAUGUUGGUUCUUCCCCUACGGUAGUAUAAUUUCCCCGUUCGUUCUUGAAUUUGCAGUUUCAUAUGUAAUGUAGCAAAUGACUAAAUUCGAGCUCUGUGUAUUCAUGAGUCGAGCAAUCUAGUUUCUUCGCUUCAGUCUC